ACGGCAUUGGGUGAGGGAGGCUUGGGCUUCCAGAGAACUGCUCCAGUGCAUUACCGCUACUGGGCGCACACCAGCUGGACGGGGGAAACGCAACUGAGAGCCAUCAUGGGACCCUGUAAAGCCCGCAACACGCGUAAACUGCGCUCCUGGAUGGUGGAACAGGUGACCAGCGGUAGGUACCCGGGUCUGGUGUGGGACGACGAUGAGCAGACCAUGUUCCGCAUUCCUUGGAAACACGCCGGGAAGCAAGACUUCAGGAGCGACGAAGACGCCGCCAUCUUUAAGGCGUGGGCAGAGUUCAAAGGCAAGAUGACGGACGAGAGCCGCAACGAGCCUGCGAUCUGGAAGACGCGGCUGCGCUGCGCCCUGAACAAGAGCCUGGAGUUCGAGGAGGUGGCGGAGCGUGCCCAGCUGGACAUCUCCGAGCCCUUCAAGGUCUACCGCCUGGUGCCGGACUCGGAGCAGGGCCUCACGGGCAACGAAGAAUUGACGGCCAAACGAGCGGGGGGGAAGAGCAGAAGAAGAACCAAGAGGAGAGCCACCGAAUCCUCCGAGGAAGACGAGGAGCUGCCUGAGAAGCAGAUGAAGGAGGAAUCAGUGACGGCACCCCUGAGUGUGGAGGAGAUCUUGUCGAGGGGUGAAGCAACGCUCCAGGUGGAGGGCGGCAACCAGCAGAUUUUCAUAUCCCAAGGGAGCGGAAUCUUGGAAGAAUUCCAGUUGGAUUUCCGGAUAGAGACCAACCCUCCUCCAAGUGUUGCAGAGGAGGACAGCUUCCACGUGGCGGUCAGCUACUCCGGCCACGAGGUCCUGUCCCGUGAGGUGCAGGGCAAGGACGUCCGGAUCACGUACCACACGCCCUCGCCGCUGCCCCCCACCCCGGCACCCCUUAUGGGGGGGUUCCCCCGCAUCUUCCUCCCGGAGGCCCCGGCGGGCCUGCAGGGGGGCCGGGACCUGGUCCAGCUGCUGCCCUGCAUGGAGAAGGGCGUGGUGCUGACCUCCAACCACACAGGGGUCUACCUGCGGCGGUACUGCCGGGGCCGGGUGUACUGGAUCGGCCCGCACGCCGCCGCCCCUCCCGAGACGCCCAACAAGAUCCAGCGUGACGCGGAGCCCGUGCUGAUCUUCAGCAAGGAGGCGUUCCGCCAGGAGCUGGAGGCCUACCAGCAACAGGGAGGAGACCCGCCGCGAUGCGACGUGACGCUCUGCUUCGGCGAGGAACUCGUCACCACGGACGACCAGUCCCAGAAGCUCAUCCUCGUCAAGAUUACAUUUCCGUGGGCAGAAAAACAAGUGCAGACCCUGAAAACCAUGAUGGCUUCCUUCAGCUUCCUCCAGUCCCUGACCAGCCAGUCCCCCACCGGAGAGAUCACCAUCAACCUGGUGCCAGUGGAAGAAGUCUUCUAACCCCAAGCACCUCUCCUUUAAACCUACCAAUAAGAUAGGGGCUGAGGAGCCUACAAGUCAUCCUACCAAUUGACCAAUCAUCAAGCAGAGCUUUACUCCGAGCAUCUGAUUGGUUCUUGAGGACGGGGGAGGGAGGGAAACCGAACGCUUGUUAUUUGGUUUUAUGAAUACAGAGUAUUCCAUUAUGUGAGCAGUCAAACUUAACUAUGCACCUUGAGACACGUUUUUAGUAAGCACUAAGAUUGAGCAUAGCCUAGCCCUAACCCUAACCCUACUUUGCGUGAAAGUCCUCUAGGGACAUUAUAUACUAGAUCUACAUCUCCGUUCAGACAAGGCUCCACGGGGCGGAACGCAGAAGGGGGUCUUCCUGUGUUCAGUAGGUGUUUGCAUCACUCUGUUUAAAUAAGGCUUCUUUCACUUUACUUAAACCGUUUUACGCUUCGGUCCAUCUCUGUCAAUAUUGCUUUAUUAAUUAGAGGGUGAUUAUUUUCACUUAAUUGCCCUAUUCAUUGUGUGAACCAGUUAUUCAAGUAUAAUGGUAAAUAUAGCUCAUGCGUUCAACCGCUCUAUAAUCAACUAUCUACAUGUAGACAGGGGCGUUGGGUUAGGUCAGGUAGGGGGGGCAUUUUGAUACAUUCCAAGUUGCCAUCUUUGUGCGUUUUUAUUUUCACUUUUAUAGUCUGAAUCAACUACCGUACUUGGUCGGUUGUUCAACAAUCACAUGUCAACAAGUACCAAGAUUGCAAACAUGAACCUCAAGAGGACGUGUGUGAAACCCUCCUGUAGCUGAAGUAUAGCACAACUAACCCAGCCCUAACUGGGCCAAGACUGGGUUUCAGGAUGUCUGGAUCCCCACGCAGGUCAGAUAUCUUUGGUCAGAAUUCAGGGGAAGUCUGAAUUUUCAAUUGCAGCUUCGAAGCCUAGCUUCCUCUCCGGUCAGUUGCCAUGGAAACUGAUGCUGUGAACCUCACCUGGAGAGAACCUCACCUGAAGCCAACCUGAUCCAUAGAAAGUUACCUUCCUGCAGUGACAGAUUCCUGCCAUCAUCUCAUUGUUCCGUGGCGUGUCUUACCUCAACGACACAAUCUUAUUGCCAACCAAAAUUCCCAUUGUGCAUUGGGACAUACAAGGCGAUUUAUUUAUUUUUCGUCUAAUGUGGUUUUUUUUCCAGGUUAAACCAUUCAAUUGCUUCGUUGUGUGAACUGAUGCAUGUUCAAAGUAUGUCACUACAGUAGGCUGUAAAGUCAAUUUGAGCUUGUCCUGUUUAUAAAAAAUAAACAUUAAUGUAAGCCA